AAGAAACGGGAAUUUCAACAAAGCCAAUUCGAUUCCAAUUUUUCAUCGGCUUCGCGAUUACCGAUUCUAGUAUUGACUCUCAAUGAUGUGAGAAUAUUCCAACAUAUUGUCCAUCAUGCCGCGACUUGUGCGCCGAAGACCGCUUCGUGAACGAAUUACGGAUUGGUUCAACAUUCACGAUUGGGUUCUAUGGAUUUCAGAAGAAAUUGAGACGAGAGAUUGGGAUUCUAAGGCAUAUGCUAAUCCUCUGGCAUUUGGAUUGCACUCUACACUAUUAAUUGCGAGAGCGAACAGUGGAAAUGGGGUAUCUGGGAAUGUAGACGAUGUCUUUGGAGAUGUGCCUUCAGGCACUGGCUGGUUGAGCUAUUUGGUAAGGGUCACCAUUAUGAAUACUGGUUUCUGGAGCUUGAAACUAACUGAUAUGAUAGUCUACACUAGUCGUCUAUCUAUUGACGGCAUUGUCGAUCUUGAACGCAAUCUCGACAUUCUCUCGAAAACGACGUUACCGCCUCUUCGAGAGCUCCAUCGAGGCCGCACCCAGUACCCCUUCUGCUCAAAGAGUGCGCAUCGACUCCUCACCAGUAUCUUCCUCCCCUCUUCGUUUCUUCUCAACUAUACUAGGGGAUACAAACGCGCAAUCAAGAGCUCAUCCAGAUCCGACUCGGGACGUUUGGGAGAUUGCUGUUUGGGAUCCUAUACCAGUUUGCCUAAGAUUAUUCUGUCUGUUCAGUCCUGGGCAUGUGCUGGUCUAUUGGCUAUUUCUCCCGACGUUAUCAUCAGACUCGCGACCAAGUGUUACGAUUUUCACAACUCUGGUUUUGGAACUGUUGAUGACUGGACAAUUACUUCUCCUACAAACAAACUUUUCACAGCAAGAAAAGGACACUAGCAUCAUACAGAAAGAAGUCAUGAGUGAAUAUGAUAUCAAGUUUGUCCAUCCCAGAAUGAAUCCGGUCAUGCGAGAUGUUGGCACGCAGUUUUCUGGGCCGGAUGCUAAAGUCAAGACUGGCCGAGAGGAAGAAAUUGAAAUAUAUACACCAAGUGUAGUUCUGAAAAAAGGCUUUCGUACUAAUCCAAACCCUAAUUACUCUAAAUUUGUCGAUCCAGAUAGCGUGAGCCCUAGCAAGCCAGUCUCCCGACAGAUUUUCUCUCCUGCUCCAUCCUUUAUUUCUACUUCCUUCAACAAACCGCGAGAUUCGCCUUACAACAGAAAGAUACCAAACACAGCGAUGAGACAACCUCAGUUCCGCCAAACCACACCCAACAGCGUCACAUCCACAUCUGCCGGGACAGCGGAUGGUGGAAGCUUGGGUAUAUACAGUCAUGCCAAUUCGCCGUUGAAAAAGACCAGUAGCAUGUUUGACAAUCAGGGACGAGAUCGCCGAGAUAUACCUAAAAGUUCUCUAGAUAUGGCAGGGAGGGAAAUAAGAGACCAAAGGGAAAGAGAAUCAAGUCCAAAAAAGAGGGUGCAUGGAGGCAGCGACCUGCGACCAUUUGGCAAAUCACCAUUUCCAGAUGCUGAAAGUGAUAGGAGAGUUAGUGAUAACUUUUCGAAAGCAAGGACAGGGAAUGUUGACCAAAGUCCGUACAGAAGGGGUCCUUCGAGAUGGUAGUUUCUUUAUAGCCUAUUCUAUCUUUCUUUUUAAAACUCAAUUGUACAUGCAUUUCUGGGGUUUUAACAGGUCUGGUAAUACUGGCGUAGGAUAAUCAUGAUAGAUCCCAUUACCAGCCUCCACUUUUUUUAUCCGUUCAUAAUGCUAAUAAGUUCUGAAAUUGCGGUGGUGGUAUGUCAUAUUUUUCUCUUCUCGCUUAUUUUUGGUGGGGUAAAGGAGAGUGCAAUAUGGAACGAUUUGUGUCGGUAAAUGAAGGUUUUCUUCAUCGUUCAUUGCCGUUUGGUCCGGCGCUUUAAUUCUUUGUAUAGAACUUUAUUUCUAUUGUUUGAAUUCCCUAACGUCUUCAGGCUGUAGUUUUUCGCUUGCAGUAGAUACAGAGGAUGAUUUGGAGCGGAACGUACACUGAUUUAUUUAACUAUGUGUCACGCUGCAUUGAAAUGUAGUUGCGGGUUUCUAUUUGUAAAGUAUUUUCAGGAA